AGGGCGGGUCAGGGGGGCCCCAGAAAACCAGAGGGCCGCACCCAAAGCCGCGGAUUCUGCUGGUACGCGUCAGCGAGGAAGGUUUCGUCUACCGUUUGCCCUAGAAACUAAAGCAACAUGUCCAAGAAGUCCGGCUCCACCAAGAAGAAGGCGAAGCGCUCCGCGUCCAACGUCUUCUCCGCCUUCCCCGAGUCCGAGAUCGCCGCCUUCAAGCAGGGCUUCCAGAUGAUGGACUACGACAAGGACGGAGUGCUGGGCAAGGAGGACCUCCGCCAGACCUUUGACUGGGUCGGCAGGCCCACCAGCGACAAGGAGCUCAACGAAAUGCUCUCCGAGGCCGACGGUCCCAUCAACCUGGUCAACCUGUUGGGCAUGUUCGCCGCCCACAUGUCCGGAGAUGCCUACGACGACCAGACCGUGAAGAACGCCGUCUCCGGCUUCGACAAGAACGGCAAGGUGGACCUUGAGCUGCUCCGCAAGAGGCUCACCACCGAGGGCGACGACCCCUUCUCCAACGACGACCUGGACACCGUGUUCGAGGCCCUCGGCGUCGACGACGAAGGACUCGUCAACACCAACGUCCUCAUCGAGGCCCUCAGCUCCGGAGCCGGCUCCGGCGAGGAGGCCAAGUGAGCGGGCCGCACCAUCUGAACGAGGACCGGCAGAAUCCCGAGCACAUCACCCUGGGACGGGACGAAGACAGACAGAAAGAAAGAUGAUGAACGUGUGCAGUUGUUGAUGACACCGAACACACUGAACGGAAAGAAACUCGCAAUGGAGGACGGAAACAGGAAACCCACCAGCAAUCAAAAAAACCCUUCUCAUAAAGACGUUGUUGUUAUUAUGUCCAUCCUGAAAAUGACGCCUGUGUACAAACAAACCAAAAAUAAAUCUUGACAAUAGCUAUUUGUA